AUGUCUGAUGUUCAAACCCAGCUCUCCAAAAACAACCAGAUCAAAAACAAAAUCAAAUCCUCUUUCGCUUCAUGGCUAGCUGCUGCUGCUGCGGCAGGCCAGCUCAUUAAGAAGGGCUACAAGAAAAGUACACACUACACUGCUGUUGGUGCCAAAAAGCUCUACAAGCCCAUCGACGCUGUUGUUCCAUCUAAACAGACCCUCAAGAGCUCCAAAGACUUCCUCUUCAACAAGUAUCCCAGUCUUUACGAUGGCUAUCGCAGGGUCCCCAACUCCAAGGUCAUCAGAGAGGGCAUUGUGAGCUGGUUCAAGCGUUACAAAGAUGUUUGUCUCGACUACAUCAAGAAGUUCUUGUCUGGCCCCAUGGGAUUCAUCAAGAUCAUCUUCAGUCUCAUUGUCGCUGAAAUGGCAGACAACAAAGACUUGAUCAAGAAGCUCUCAGCCAAAGUUCCCAAGCAAGUUAAGGACUAG